CAGUGGGGACAGUGAGGAGACAACAGCCACCAGUGAGAAGACACCUACUCCACCCCCUCCUUCAUCAUCGCCAGCUCCUGCCCUUUCAGCUUCCCCCAUUGCUACUACAACCACUUCUACUACUGUUGAUACUACUACUACUACUACUACUACCACUACUACUACUGCUGCUGCUGCUGCCAUCACCACUACCCCAACCACUGCCACCACUGCUACCACCGCCAUCACUACUACCACCACUGCCGCCGCCACCAUCACCACUACCACCACCACCACUACAGACACCCCUACUGCUCCUCCUGUUUCUGCUGCUUCUGAAGCUUCAGAAACCAAACCUGAUAAUCCAGCCACUUCAGAGCUUGACAAAGUUAAGCAGCAGACUAAUCUUUCAGUAUUCACCAUGAAACUGCAGAGAAGAAAUUUUCGAGCCAUGAUGUUCCUGCAUUACUCGAAAGGGAAAAGUGCAGCUGACAGUCAUGAAAUUUUGUAUCGAUUAUUUCAGGAUUUAAGUCCCUCUUACAGUACAGUUAAAUUCUGGUUUGGAGAAUUUAGACGUGGUAAAGAAGAUUUGGAAGAUGACCAAAGAACUAGCCGCCCAAACGCUUCAAUACUCGCUGAAAAUAUUGAAGUUAUAGAGGCAAUGUUGAAUAGUGAUAAAAGAGUGACACCUAAAGAAAUAGAAGGUACCUUAAGCAUUGGAUCAGGAAAUGUCAAAUGGAUUCUACAGAAUCAUAUGCAUUUAAAACAGCAUAGUUGCUGUUGGAUUCCACAAACUCUUAAUGAAAUGCAAAAGCAGGCUCGAGUGGAAUGGUGUCAUUAUAUGCUGAAAAAAUUUGAAAAUGGAGGUUCUCCUAAGGUCUGGGAUAUUGUUGUAGAAGACCAGAUUUGGCUUUAUCAAUAUGAACCUGAAACAAAACGGCAGGCUUCUGUUUGGGUCUUUCCAGAUGAAGACCCUCCUUUAAAACUGAAAAGGCCUCGAAGUGUUGGGAAAACAAUGAUGGCAACUUAUUUCCAAAGAAGUGGUUAUCUAGUGACCACGUCUUUGACAGACAGGGAAAUAGUCAGUGCACAGUGGUACGUGACCAAGUGUUUACCCCAGUUGUUUGAAGCAAUCAAAUUGAAGCGCCCAGACUCUGGUCUCCGGGGCAUUCUCCUCCACCAUGAUGACACUCGUAUCAAUACUGCUGCAGCAACACUCGACUUGCUAGCUGAAAACCACGUACAGAUAAUCUCUCACCCUGACUCUAGCCCUGAUCUGUCACCUUGUGAUUAUUUUUUGUUCUCCAAAGUGAAAGAAAAGCUGAGGGGCAUCCGAUUUGAGAGCCCCGAAGAAGCUGUCCAGGCACUGGUCAACCAAAUGUCUCAACUGUCCAAUUUUGAAUGGACUCAGUGUUUUUCAAAUUGGUUUAAAAGAAUGAAAACUUGUAUAGAUUGUGAGGGGGAUUAUUUUGAAAAAACCUGAUUACUUUUUUUUCUUUUCUUUUUUUUUUAUUUUGGAAACAACAAAAAAAAAAACGACCAACUAACAAACAAACAAACAAACAAAACCACAAAAAACAAAACAGUUUUUGUUGUAAGGUGUUGAGGACAGGAACUCUCUGAAUGUUAACUGUACAUAGCCCACUAUUAAUAUUUAUUAUUAUUAUCAUUAUUAUAGUUUAACAUUACUACUAUUAGGCAAAUUGAUAUAUCUUCACUCAGAUUUUUUUUCUAUUAACAUUAUAUAUAUAUGUAUAUAUAUAUAAUAAUAAUAAUAAUAUAACUAACAACAUAGUUGUUUAACCCGUUUCCCUCCCCUGCCACCUCCUCCCUCCCUCUUCCCAACCUUAAAAAAAAAGAAGAAAAAAAAAGAAAGCUACUAGUUUUCUCUCCUGAGUUAGCGUUUUUCAUUAGGGAGUCGACCAAUGAAAUUUACUUUCAACUUGUAUUGCUGUUAUCUUCUCUUUCAGAAUCAGAGGCAGCGACAGAGAAAGAGACAACUGUGUCUCCAAAUAAUGCCUUGCAAGCUGAGCAGUGGAACGGUGUGAAGGACAGCACUGAGGCUACUUCAGAGGGAACAGCUGAUAGUGAGGAAAGCAACAAAUGAUUGGAAUCAAAACUAGUUCUACUUCAUAGAUAUCAGUUUUUUAUUCAGUAUGAUCAUAAUAACGAUAAUAAUAAUAAUAAUUAAAAAAAGAAAGAAAAAAAAAAGAAGACAAACCAUAAACGAACUUUUAUCCUUAUUCCCACUUUCUUGGUUAUUUCAGCUUCAAGUUGAUAAAAAGAUCUCCCAAAA